CCCAGCAUAAGGAGAAAAGGGGCACACAGCAUAUAAUGCAGCCUCCUGUUUGCUGCGGGACUUUAUAUCAAACCAGAAAACCAGGAGAAGCAUUGGCAAGCAAACAUACAUAAAGUGCAACGUCAUUAAGCUAUGAAGCCCAUCCUGCUGCUGAACCUCUUACUCCACCUGCUGUGGUUCUGCAAUGGCCAGUCUUGUUCAGAGCAGCAAGAGGCUAUAAAAGUUCUGCGCCAAGUCCAGAAGUUGCUUACUGAGCAUGAAACAUCGUACCUGAGGGGGCUGAGAGCUCUGCAUCAGAGACUUACACAACUGAAAGAUCAACUUCUGAAAGGAGAGACCAAAGAGAAUUGCCCUCGUUUAAAAACCCCUCGUCAUGGUCGAAUCCUGGGUGGGAAGUUAAAGGUAGGGCACGAGCUCCACUUUUUGUGUGAUCAUGGAUAUCGCCUAGUUGGAUCUGAAACCAGAACUUGCCAGAAGAACCAGACAUGGAGUGGGGAGCCUGCACUCUGUACAGGAGAGUUGGCAUCAGUAACCAACACAUCCUUUCUACAGCCAGCAAAGUGUUCUUCAUUCCAAGGUACUCAGCACUGUACCUGUGAACCUGGGUACCUGAUCCAGCCUGGAGCUCUUUGCCAAGAUGUAGAUGAAUGCAGUAUGUUUCAGAGAAAUGCCGAGGCAAAGAUCUGUGUGCAUGAAUGCAUAAACACUGCAGGUUCUUACUACUGCAUCUGCCCAGAAGGCUAUGUGCUGGACCCUCACCUCAACACCUGUCAGGAUACUGAUGAAUGCAGCUCAGAGCAGAAUUCCUGCCCAGGAGGGAGUCUGUGUGUAAAUUUAUAUGGGGGAUUCACUUGUGUCCAGCCAGAGUGUCCAAAACCUAAACAGAACACCAGUUACGUCAAAACAUCAGUCCAACAGUGUGAAAAGUCCCCUUGCCUCAUGGGAAGCAAGAGUUGCCUAGAAGCCCCUCAUUCCAUCUCCUUCCACUACAUUGCCUUGCAGUCCCAGCUUCCUGCCCCCAGGGUAUUGUUCACCAUGUCAGCCCCACGCUCACUGGGAGACAGCCAGCGUUUCACCAUUACCAGAGGAAAAGGUCGCGGACUGGACGUACGCCAAGCAGGCCGACACCGCUGGGAGCUUGUCCUUAACAAAACAGUCAGUGGUCCUGCAGAGAUACAGGUAGAUGUGGAAAUGGCAGAAACUUCCUCACAGAGUUUCCCUGGAAAACACAUCUUCUCUGUCACAAUCUAUGUCUCCAAGUAUUCAUUCUAAAGACGUUCUUUGAAAAGUAUAAUUAUUAAUGAUAGUAAUUCUACGCCUUUGCUUCAGCACUUUGUAGCACUGUCAUUUGCUUUAUACAAACAGCUGGAACCAGAUAGUUGAGCAUGUUUUAUUGUGCAACGGCCCAACAGGCUUCUUGCACAUCUCACUAUGUCCAGCUCAAAGAAGAUGGAGGCUGGGGGAAGAGGGGGUAUUAGAAUUGCAUGACUGGAUCUUUAACGCCUCAGUAUUUUAGGAGCUCUUCUAGCAUUAACUAUGUACACUUCUGCUUAACCAUAACAUUAAUAGAUCUGAAUUACUUGUUCUUAAUUGAGGGUAAAAUGAAUACUUAACCAGCUAAAGACCCUGGGGCCUAGAGUAGUACAUACCUGCUGAAUUGUACCAUGUUGUUCUGACUGAGUUACUGGAUAGUGGAAAUUCUAUGCAGAUGAUCCAAGCGGGUAGGAAUCCCAUUUCGUUGGGAAUUAAUGAAAGCUUUGCGUUCUUAGUGUUAAUUUCCUUUCCUUUAAAUAAACAGUUGAUUUCAGUAAAUAAACUUGUUUACUCUCUAAAAAACCUCACCAAAAUAUUGUGUGGCCAAGGUCUGACGGCAAUAUGUUUAUGGAGCCAGAGAAGGAAUACAUUUAAAAAGAUGGUAGGCCUGCCAGCAUUUUAUAAGUAAGGAAGAGAAGCCACAAAGAACACAGAAAAGCUCUCUGAACAUGCAGGGAAUAAGGAAGGUUACUAUUCAGGAGAUGCUAUGGCAGCACAUCCAAAGUCAUCACUAAUCUGAAACCUCAUGGCUUUGUGCAGCAUGUGUCACUCAAUUAUAUUUUGACUCUCAUAAUAAACCACUUAUUAAUGA